CCUCACCGGCCUCCACUCCACCAGCCUGCGACUUUCCUCGCGCAAACACUGCUUCCGUGACACUUGCACACUCCAUCGCUCGUUCCUGUUGUCCCUUCAAGUUUCUUUUCUUUGUACUAUAUCUAUCUCUAAUCAUCUGGCGUAAUGCGCGGCCCGUAAUCAUCCCACCCACCUACCCCCGAACCACCGCCGCACCAGCUGAAGGAUUGUCCACCCUGCGAGCCAGACGCGAACCCACAUUUGCCAUUCGCGGCAUCAGAUGCCUGACGAGAAGCACCCGUACGAGGUGCAGGAUGCGCCCAUCCCGUCGUAUGAAGAAGCCACAUCCUCCAAUACCCACCUUGGUCCGCGAGAAGUCAGCGACGACGCCGAGAGGCAAGGUCUCUUACAGCCCGACGCUUUCGCUACAAGCUCCGGGAGCAGGAGACGAAAUGGCUACUACCAGCCCCCGAGCGUGCAGAGCGUGCGAAAUAGUGAAGACAGCGAUUUGAGUCUGCCGGAAGUGAACGGAGAGAUUGCAGAUGAGGAUGAGGAGGAGGCGGAGUUGCGGAGGGAGUUGCAUGAGAUGGACAUUGACGACGAAGAAGCGGCAGCAAGUGCAAGAAGAGGAGGAGGAGGAGGAGGAGGAGGAGGGCAGAGCAUGUUUUCGAAGAGGAUCAGCAGUCUGACAACAACAUUAUCGAGAAUACAGUUGCCAAAACUGAACGUACGAUGGCUGACGGGUCGAAUACGGAUGCCUUCGGUCUCGGACAGAUAUCGACCCUCGUUACCUAUAAUAGCGCGCCUAUUCGGGCUCUUUCUUGUUGUCAGUCUGGUCUACUUGCUAUUCGUGUCGGAGAUGUUCCCCGGCAUGCAGUCAGGAGGGCUCGGAGGCCAGACUUUCAACCCGGAAUGGGUUCGGAAGUUCGCUCAAGGAACAAUCAACACAGACCGGAUACGGGAUAAUCUAAAAUACAUCACGAGUUACGAUCACGUCGCAGGUACAAAGGGUAAUUAUGAGCUAGGAACAUGGAUUGAGCGUAGAUUUCAGGCGGGUGGGCUAGAGGGUGUCAUGGUCGAGGAGUACGAAGUGUACCUCAACUAUCCGGUAGAAAACGGCCGGAAGGUCUCUAUCGUUGAACCUGCAGAUAAGGCGUGGGAUGCAAAGAUUGAAGAGCCUGAUGCCUACGUUGCACCCGGCGCCGAGCAGAGUACCCAGCAGACGCUUGCUUACCAUGGUCUCUCGAAGCGCGGAUCUGCCCAAGGGCCUCUAAUAUACGCACAUUACGGAUCUCGGGAAGAUUUCAAAAGGCUUGCAGACAAGCAAAUUAAAGUAGAGGGGGCUAUUGUCAUGGUGCGAGCCGGUGGCCAUCCGAAAGAUGCAGCAUCAAAAGUAAAGGCCGCACAAGAGGCGGGAGCAGUGGGCUGUCUGAUCUACACAGAUCCUAGCGAUGAUGGAUUUGUCAAGGGAAAGACCUGGCCGGAAGGCAAAUAUCGACCUCAAGACAGCUUGGAGAGGAGCUCAGUCGCAUUGACAAGUUAUGUUGUAGGUGACGUUCUCACACCCGGUGAUCCAAGUCGACCGACUGUACCGCGAAAGCCUAAACAUAACAACCCUGGUCUCGUCAAAAUACCAUCUUUACCACUAUCUUGGAGUGACGCUAAACACCUCAUAGCCUCCCUUGAAGGUCACGGUGAAGAAUUGCAAGACGAUUGGCGAGGCGGUGCUGGAGAUGAAGUUUGGUGGUCAGGUAACGAGGAAUCGCCCAUUGUUCGAAUACAGAACGAACAGUCCGAGACAGACACGCAGAAGAUUCACAACGUCAUUGGGUACUAUCACGGGUACGAGACGCCGACCGAGAAGAUCAUCGUCGGCAACCAUAGAGACUCGUGGUGUUUCGGAGCCGCCGAUCCUGGAAGUGGAACCGCUGUCAUGCUUGAAGUCGUUGACACACUUGGCCAACUCCAACGCCAGGGUUGGCGUCCUGCCCGCUCCAUCGUCUUCGCCUCCUGGGACGCAGCCGAAUACAACCUCAUGGGCUCGACCGAAUUUGUGGAAGACCACAUUGACGACCUACGAUCAUCCGGCGUCGCAUACAUCAACGUCGACAACGGUGUGUCUGGGGACAACCUCCACCUAUCCGGCUCACCUCUGCUUGAGCGCGCCUUCACCCGCAUUCUCGGCCGCGUCUCGGACCCGGUGCGCAACAAGACCUUCAGCGAGAUCUUCCAAGACACUCCGACUAAAAUGACCAACCUCGACGCCCGUGGGGACUACGUGCCCUUCCAAUCUCUCGCCGGCAUGACGACUCUGGACUUCGGUUUUCGCGGCGACGGUGGGCCGCUGCACUCGUGCUACGAGACAUACGAAUGGAUGCUCGAGCACGUCGACCCGGACAUGCACUACCACACAGCACUCGCACAGAUAUGGGUCCUACUCAUCCUCGACCUUGCUCAAGAACCCAUGCUGCCGUUCCACUUCAAGGACUUCUCCGACAGCUUCAAGGACUACGUCGACGAGCUGGAGAUGGACGCCAUUGCUGCAGGCGCACAAGCAGACGAAUUCGACAUCACACCGCUGCGCGAGCUCAGCGUCAAGCUGGAGCGCGAGCUCGUGCAGUUCAUGUCGUUUGAGGACCGCUGGUACAGCCAGGUGCUCGGCACAGGCGGGUUCGAGAGUCGCACGAAUGCGGCCCAUCGCUGGGGCCAUAACAGUCGCGCCAUUGCGUUUGAGAGCCAUUUGCUCGAUUGGCCGUGGGAUGCGAAGCCCGUCGAUGGCGUGGGCUAUGGCAUCCCCGGCCGCGAACAGUACAAGCACGUCCUCUUCGGGCCCUCGACAAUCGACGGCGAAGGCGUGACGUUCCCGUUCAUCCGUGAUGCGCUCGAAGUGCGCGACUGGAAGCUGGCUAUGAAGAUGAUGCUCAAGACGAGGGAUAUCAUCUCGCGCGCCAGUGAGACGUUGUUGCCAGGGCAUUAGCCUUGCCGUACAUAUCUACAUAUACCUAUGCUCUUUCUCUCUCUCUCUUGUCGUUGUUUUCAUGUGCAUAUAUCUUUGCCUGGAGCGGUGGGCGUUGGCUUCGUCGUCAGCGUCAUUGGCGUGAGGUUUUUCCUAUGUAGGAUAGGGUAGGAGCCGUACAUACACAUGUGUUUUCUUCGACAUGUAAGUGGAUAUUUCCUUUGUGCAAAAAGAACCAAUUCCUUGCUAGGUAGGAAAUUUAUGCCGGAUUAAUAGCUAGAUCGCACCGAGCUGGCUGGCUAUCAUGACGUCGAUAGGCUUCGUGUGAGGCUGUACUAUGAUGAAUACCGCCUUCCCGAUCAGGGUAUAUAUUACAUGUCUAAAUUGAAGCUAUACAGGACAGGAAGUGCUGAGG